UCUAAAAAUAGCAAAGAAACCUACUAUGAUCUGUUAGAAAUCUCUGAGAAGGCAUCUCAGGUCCAGAUAAAGGCCGCCUACUACAGACUUUCCAAAAAAUAUCACCCGGACACGAGUUCAGAGUUAGAUUCUAGGUACAAAUUUGCGCGUUUAAAUGAAGCUUACAAGACUUUGAGCAACGUGAAACACAGGCGGAAUUACGAC